AUGAAUACCAAUAAUAAUAAUAAUAAUAAUAAUAAUACCAUUAGACACACAAGCUCUUCUUCAAUUACUAAUAAUAAAUUCCCACUUAGGGAUAUAGGUAAUACUAUCAAUAAUUUAACAAACAGUACAACUGAAAAUAACAAUAAUAGUUCUAAUGUGUUUAAAAGACUGUCACCCGUAUUUAAUAAACCAGCUAUAAGGAUAUCGCCUGAUAAAAAUAAAAGAAUUGCUAUUAAAAGAACAAACACCUCUUCAAUAUAUGAAUCGGUAGCCCUAACUACCACACCGCUGCUCACACCGAAAAAGAAAAGAUUGGUAUCUCCUACCAAAUACAACAAUUUAAUAUCACGCGGAAACGGUAUAAAAUCAAGGAUAUAUUCUGUUGGUAAUAGCACCACCAAUAAAAUAGAUAAACCCAAAAAUGUGCAUAAACCUGUAUCAAAAGAAAUAUUAAACUAUGAAUUUCCAACAUCCCCUUUGAAAUUAAGUCCUACGCGUACCAUAGGUGGUGAUGGAAGUUUAAACAGAAUACGUUCAAGAUUUAGUCAAUUGAAAAAGAAUUCCCCAGAAAAAAAAGAUAUAAUGGAAACUGAAUACGAUAAGCUAGAUACCACCCCCUUCCACAGCAAAAGAAACUUGCUAACAAAACUUCUUGAAGAGGAAGUGCAAAAUACACCAAUAAAAAGCGCUUUGAAACCUGAAGUUUUUGCAAAAGAUGAAAAGUCUGAUCAUAAAAUGGAUGAUCCAAUUAGUGUCACAAAAAAAAAAGUUACUUUUAAUUUACCAGACACUUCCAUGUCAAGUAAUGACCCAUCCCUAAUAGAACAAGAGCAGGAAAUACAUCAUAAUAGUUUAUUGGAUACAGGCGAUAAAAAAGAUGAAAUUCUUUCUAUUUUAUUACAGGUUUUAAAACGUCAAGAUGCAAUUGAGCACAAGUUGGAUAUAAUAAUUAAUAAACAAAAAUAA